GCAGCCAUCUUUUUCCAAGACCAACAAUUUCACUUUCACCGAAGAAAAACAAAUAGAUAUUUAUUUAUUAAUCAUCUCAAACAAGCGACUAUUCCGUUCCAUCGAGACAAAUACCAACGAACUCAAAGGAAAAUCGUUUGGAAGGCAGCGCCAUGACCUAUUGAGUUGAACACCAGCACUGCCAGACAGUGUCCUCUCCUUGCUCCCUCUCGUACUGUCACAGCAACAACUGACAACAGCAGCUCUAUCUGCCCUGCUGGUUUCCAGGAGACCCGGCCUAGCUCCUCCUCCUGAGGAGUGCUGAGGCUGCAGCAUGGAGCCCCAGGGGAGUCUGGGAGUGGAGGGGGACUUCAGCCUGCAGCUGGCGCUGAUGGUGCCCAGCCUCCGGAGCGAGGCAGUGACCCACGAGCUGGAGGAUCUGACUAUGCAGCCCAGUCCCAGCCUGCCGCCUCUCAAAGAGCGUAAGAACGUCCUCCAGCGCUGCCUGCAGCAGAGACGCACCCGUGAGCAGCUAGUGGAGCAAGGCAUCAUGCCACCACUGAAAUGCCCUGCUGCCUUCCACGAACAGAUCCGCAGCCUGCAGAGGUCCAGGACUGAGAACUUCUUGAAGCACAAAAUUCGCAGUAGACCUGAACGUUCAGAGCUGGUCCGCAUGCACAUCCUGCAAGAGACCCAUGUGGAGCCCUCUCUGCAGGCCACUCAGAUGAUGCUGAAGAGAGCCAGGCUGGCUGAUGACCUCAAUGAGAAGCUGGCCCAGCGACCCGGCCCCAUGGAGCUGGUGGUCAAGAACAUUCUGCCUGUGGAACCUAGCCUCGCCAAGGACGGCGUCACCGAUCCCCCAGACGGUGAGGUGGAGAAUGACUUCCCCAAGACGAAAACACUGGAUGUGUACAACUUUGACGAGGACAGCGGCGAUGCCCUGUCCCCAGAGCAGCCGGCCAGCCAGGAGUCCCAGAGCUCCUCUGCUCCCUCACCCUCCCCCAGGACCCCCAGGGUCACAGAAGCCCCUACUGCCCUCUCCACCUCCCCACCGACCAGCUCCAUCACCAUGCAGCACUGCCCACCUACCUCCCAGUCCAAAACAGAUUUCUUCAACUUCUCUCAUGUCUCCACCAAUGAGCAUCAGAACAAUCGCCUGGUGACCACGCCUCAGCCAAUCGCCAUUGUUGUCCCUCCAAAGCCAGGGCCCAUGUUAGUAAAGCAAAGCCAACCAAAGACACCCAAUGACAAGAGCCGCAGUAAAAAGAAUAAGGAUCCCAAGCCGCGGGUGAAGAAGCUAAAGUACCACCAGUACAUCCCCCCGGACCAGAAACAGGAGGCCAACGAGGCCCCCAUGGACUCAGCCUACGCCAGGCUCCUGCAUCAGCAGCAGCAGUUCCUCCAGCUGCAGAUACUGAGCCAGCAGCAGCAGCACUAUAACUACCAGACCAUCCUGCCUGCCCCAAUCAAGUCGAUGGAGGGUCAGAACAGCUGCUCCAACAUGUCUCUGAGUGGCAGCAGUCUGUCCAGUCCCAUCAUGGUCUCUCUACCCAGCGCUGCCCCAGCACGGUCUAACCAGACUCUGACAAACCGCAAGCCUGGUGUCCUACCUGCCAACCUGGACGAAAUGAAGGUAGCUGAGCUGAAGAUGGAGCUGAAACUGCGAGGUCUUCCGGUGUCUGGCACCAAGACUGACCUGAUAGAGAGACUAAAGCCUUAUCAGGAGAUCCCCAGCAGCCAGGCUGCCACUGCCAUGGAGCUGACAGGCCACACAGGGGCCCCACAGCCUGAGAGCAUGAGCUCCACACCUCCUGUGUCCCCCGUGCCCUCUGAGGUCUCCAGCCUGGGCAUGGAGGAGGCUGGGAUGCCAGGAGCUCUUUCCCCAGCUCAGCCCACUCGUUCUGGGUCGUCUCCCCACCAAGGCAGCCUGGAGGACAACCCAAUGGAGACCAGAAACUCAGAGAAGGACCAGCGACUGCACGAGAAGGAGCGUCAGAUCGAGGAGCUGAUGAGGAAGCUGGAGCAGGAGCAGAGGCUGGUGGAGGAGCUGAAGAUGCAGCUAGAGGGGGAGAAGAGGGGUCAGCCCAGCCCUCCAGCCCCCAUGGCCCUGGCCCAGGUCAAAGAAGAGGGCAGGGCUGUCUCAAACUGCUCUGCCUCUACACAUAGCCCACUAGCAGUGGUGAAACAGGAGGAGCCCAGCUCAGGCCAGGUACAGACGUCCCCCCUGCCUCAGUUCUUCAUCAGCCACCAGCAGGUGCCUCAGGUCCUCAGACAGCCCCAGCCUAAGACCUCGCUGUCUGGCCAGCCUGGAGCACAGAUCCCGCUGCCUGUCUCCCUGCCCACCAGCACAGCCACCAUCCAGCUACCGAACAACAGCAUUAAGCUGCAGGUCAGAGAGCCGGUCCUGCAGACCACAGUUAGCACUACAGCUCCAGGCCUCAUCCAGGAAAUAGAGGCCUCAGCAUCCCACCAACAACAACACACCACCCAGACCCAACCCAUGCCACAGACGACAGUCCCACUGUGCACCACCACCACCUCAGGGUCUGGGUUCCAGUUCAGAGCAGGCCCGGGUCAGACAGAGAUCCCCCAGUGUUUCCUAAACACUUUCCCGGGGAGCAGGUCCCCUGCCAGGGCCACGUCCAACCAAGCAGUCCCCAAUGGUUCAACAAACAAGUCCCCCUCUGCCUGCCAGCCCAACUUCUCAAACCAUGUCCCCAAGAGUAAGGACCCGCCACGCUACGAAGAGGCUGUUAAACAGACGCGCAGAAUGCAGACUGCUGCACAAGUGCCCACUGCAACCAGUCAGCACAUGGACGACCUGUUUGACGUGUUGAUCGAGAGUGGAGAGAUUUCCCCAUUCAUCAGACAGGACCCUUCCUUUCCAGACAAGCUGCUUCCUGUGACUGCCAGCGUAACCACCCUGCCCUUCAACACGGUGCUAUCCCGCCCCCCGCCCCAGAUCCUGGUGGCCCGCCCGCCUGCUCCCACCCUUAACCCCCCGGCCCCACCCAGCCUGACAGCCCUGGCCAUAGACAACCAGCUGGAGGCCUUCCUGGAAGGCACGCUGAAGGGGGAGACUGAGCCCCGGACACUGAGGUUGAUGGAAGAGCUGCACAGUCAGCUGCUGGAGCACUCCCCCCACUCCCCCAUGGACACGGACACCACCGGGUUCAACAAUGUCAGUGCACCCCCCUCCAGCUACCACCUGGACCACACCAACCUGGACAACAUGGAGUGGCUGGACCUGACCAUGCCCGGGCCGACGGGGGGGCUCAACCCACUGGGCCUUACCCCGUCUGGGGUCUUCUCCUCUGACUUCCUGGAUUCCCAUGACCUGCAGCUACACUGGGACUAAGGGGUGUCAAUGUGACCCCCCCCCCCCCCCCCCAAACAGGCCUAUUCAGACAGAGGGCUGUCAGGGAGAGACACACAUACUGAUAAGUGAGACGGAGAGCACACUCCUUCUCCAGUGGAGGUGGAGGAGGAGAGUGCAGUGCUGCUGGCCUUGAGUCCCUGUGGGAAGUUCUGUGCAGGGCUACAGCAGCACUGGUGGUGGAUCUCACUGCUCUGAGCAGAUCAGAGUGCUAUAGGCAGGACCCUCCUUCCUCACUGGAUAUACAGUGUAGCUGUUUCCCUCUGAGUUAUCGUCCCUCAUAACAGCCACUCAUUCUAAGGAAGGCUAAGCACCCGCUGGGCUGUGGUAUAGAUCAAUGGUAUGAAGAGGUUGAUCUCCCCUGUGAUCUCUUUCAGAAGAGGACCUGGUCUGAGGAAGGGUGGUCUCUCCUGAAAUGGCGUUACAGUAGAUAGGCUCAGGAUGAGAACUCGAUGAGAACCACACCUGGUUCUGACUGCGCCAGUGGCAUGGCUACUGACUGACUUUCGUGUCAAAUUUGACAGACAGCGCAGAGAGAUUGUAUAUAUUAUAAGCCUAUGUCUAUUGUAGCAGUAGUCUGUCUGCUCUGCUGCAUACAUCACUAAGGCAGCUGUAUUACAGUCCUGUAUGUAUGUAUGUAUGUAUGUAUGUAUGUAUGUAUGUAUGUAUGUAUGUAUGUAUGUAUGUAUGUAUGUAUGUAUAUGGCCUAUUGGAAUGUGGUAUUAGCUUAGCAUUAUGGCUUUCAAAUAACUGCCUUUGCUUUACUCAGUGCCCCCAUGCGAUUCCCAUCACAGGAGGGAAUUGGAUGCUAAAACACUGCACAUAUUGCAUUAUGCCUUAUAAGACCAUUUGCCAAAUAUCUUGCUAUUUUCAAGGUGUUGCUUUCACUUAAUUCAACUAUAGACUUUCCAAAGAGUACACAGAGUGAUGACGGAUUGUGUUGUCACUCAAACUAAGCAGGAGACUACUUGAAGUAAAGUGUUAACAGUAAGCAGCCUUAUAUCAUGUAAGAUAAAAUAAAAUAAAAAGUGAGUGCAUGAAACCCACAUUUAGUAUCAUUGGUUGACAAUACGAGAGCUGUCGGCCUGAGAACUCUUGAAUUCAUCAGAAUUAGAAGUUGAGAGGCAUCACAUUGUUAGCAGCUGUUGUUCUUACUCUAUUCUUAUGUGGGGGAGAGUAGGGCCAAUGUGAGUUUAUUUACCAAACUGCAACGUGCUUUGCCUUAGUGCCCAUGGGGUCACAAUAGGUGGCAGAGCACCCCCCAGCACUGCUGUAGCUUGCCAGGCCCAUGCCUAUGUCCUUUAUAUUAUCGACAAAAGAGCCUUUGAAAAUGUUCUCUCUCUCAACCCUAUUGUCAAGUCUGGAGUGGAUUUAUCCCAAUGUACAGAUCAGCUGAAUCCUGCUCGUUUAUGUGUGACAUGCAGUGCACCUGAGCUAGAGCUGGUGUGUAGAGCUGGUGUGUAGAGCUGGUGUGUAGAGCCGGUGUGUAGAGCUGGUGUGUAGAGCUGGUGUGUAGAGCCGGUGUGUAGAGCCGGUGUGUAGAGCCGGUGUGUAGAGCUGGUGUGUAGAGCCGGUGUGUAGAGCUGGUGUCUGUGUGUGCACUGCACAUCUGUGUUGCAUAUCGCUUUUGCUUGUUUUGACUCUAGGAACUGGCAGAAAUAUAGCCAGUAAAUUCCCCUCGGCAUUUCAAUCGCUCUCUUCAAUAUACCGUCUGACCUUAGUUGGCUGACAUACCGAGGACAAGUUGACAUCAUUCAGUUUGACAAGCCAGGGAGUCACAGUGAAUCAGCAGAGGUGGUUCAAGGCUGUCUUGUGCUUUUGUGAUCAGCUUAGCAAUAUAUGUGGCUAUAGUCUUACAGGUUCAAAAUGUAAGCAUCGUUAUUGUAUCAUUUCGGAGGCCUAAUUGUAUCAUUUAGUAGGCCUAAUGUGUCUCUAUUCAUGAAGCCUUAGUCCAGCAGAUUAUGUAGGGUCGAGAUUCCAGUCACUCACAUCAAGAGGCAACCUUUCAAAACACAUUUCAAAACACAGCAGUGUGUGAUCCAUAUGUACCAUUACUACCAACAGAUGGGUAUUAAAAUGAUCUCCACACUGAUGUAAUAGCCUUGGUUUUCACUACUCACUCCCAGUUGAAGUAUUUGUUCAGGUCAAAAUCCUACAUGAUUAUUGCAAUCGUACACAUGUAGUUAAACAUUUAAUUACAGUGACAUAUACUGGCCAAAGAUAAAACGCGAAAGCAUUUGAAGUGUUGAAACCGACGGUUGAAAUGGGUUAAGGCAGAGGAGGUUACAGACGGGUUGACUUUACAAAAGUUGUCAGUCUUCUUGUUCAAGCAGUCUGAGCUACGCAACGGAUAACUGCAUUUAGAAACACAGAAACCUUUCUGUAAUUUAGUAGAGCCCCCCCAAAAAAUGGAAGAAGCUUUAAAACACUAUUCAGCAUGAUAAAGUUUGACGCACCAACGACAGCAUAAGCAUUCCUUGGAAAUACAUUGCAGACCGUGCUAAAGAAAUGUCAUUUCAACGGUUUGGAUCAAUUCUAGCCUACCUGUCUGUCCCCUACCAAAGAAAAUUACUUAAAGGUCCAAUGGAGCCAUUUAAAAAAAAAUCUCAAUAUCAAAUCAUUUCUGAGUAACAAUUAAGUACCUUACUGUGAUACUUUUUAGUGAAAACAAUCAAAAAGAAACUAAAACAGCUUUUUAGAAAACAGCAAUUUCUCUUAGCAAUAAUUGUACUAUGACUGUCUGGGAGUGGUCUGGGUAGGGAGAGGAAAACUGAAAACUAGCUGAUGUUGGCAGAGGUUUGGAACUCUUUCUUAUUGGUCUAUUAACUAAUUUACAGGCUGAAAUAAACAGGCUGGAAUUUCAGGCAGCCUUUUUAAACAGCUCUAAAGACUGAAAGGGCAUUAUCAUUUUCACAGUAUUAUCCCAACCUCAUAGUGCUGAAACACACUGAGUGUACAAAACACCUGCUCUUUCCAGGUGAAUCCAGGUGAAAACUAUCAUCUCUUAUUGAUGUCUCCUGUUAAAUCCACGUCAAUCAGUGUAGAUGAAGGGGAGAAGACAGGUUAAAGAAGGAUAUUUUUUAAAUCCUUGUGACAAUUGAGACAUGGAUUGUGUAUGUGUGCCAUUCAGAGGGUGAAUGGGCAAGACAGAAGAUUUAAGUGCCUUUGAACAAGGUAUGGUAGUAGGUGCCAGGCACACCGGUUUGAGUGUGUCAAUAACUGCAAAGCUGCUGGGUUUUUCAUGCUCAACAGUUUCCCGUGUGUAUCAAGAAUGGUCCACCACCCAAAGAACAUCCAGCCAACUUGACACAACUGUGAGAAGCAAGCAUUGGAGUAAACAUGGGCCAACAUCUCUGUGGAACACUUCAACACCUUGUAGUCCAUGCGCCGACGAAUUGAGGCUGUUUUGGGGGGAAAGGAGGGUGCAACUUAAUGUUAGGAAGCUGUUCCUAAUGUUUUGUACACUCAAGUGUAUAUAACACAGGAAACUCUAAAUGUUUUUGAAUGCACAGGGCCUUUAAGAGCCUUAAUGUCACACAUUUCUGUUAGAAAAACAAAGCAGUUUACACUGUGAGUGGAUAAAAAUGGGUAGCUAAUCAAAAAAACAUUGCCUGCUCCUGAUUGGUCUUUGUGUACAACUUUGUUUUUGUCUGAGCAUCAGUGCCCCAUUGAUCAUGUGUCCAAACUACAGAAAGGGAGAAUGAGCUGGAAUCAGAAGUAAUUGUAUUUGUACUAUACUAGUAUAGCCCCUUUCCUUGCAAUAGUGUAUUGAUACAUAGUAUGCCAUACAUUUUGCACAUUGUGUAUAUAUUUUGUCAUGCAUUUUAUUUAAUUUUUUACAAACGUAGCACAUGAGCUCUUUUCGUACAUUUUAUACAAACGUAGCACAUCUAAGCUCUUUUGUAUUAAGACUGUUUGGUGUAUACAGUAUGCGUACUACUGUAUACCCAUAAUGUGUGUGUAUAUAUAUAUAUAGCCUUUUUGUGUCAAUAAAAAUGGUAAUGUA